AUGCAGCAGCAGCAGCAGCAGCAGCAGCUGCAGCUGCUGCAGCAGCUGCUGCAGCAGACGCUGCUACCAAACCCUGAUGCUGUAAGGACAGCAGAGGCAGAGCUGCAAGCCCUAACAAAGCAGCAGCACUUCCUGCAGGGUUUGCUGCUGCUGAUGAACGCUGAUACAGAUCCUGCUGUCAAGCAUGCAGCUGCAAUAUACCUGAAGAAUUAUAUUCGAAGGCUUUGGGACUUAGACGAAUCUGAGGGUGGUGUAUGUGCAGCAGAUCGUUUGCUGCUGAAGCAGCAGCUGCUGCUGCUGCAGCAGCAGCAGCAACAGCAGCAGCAGCCUGCAGGUGUCCGAGCUCAGCUAGCAGAUUGUCUUCGCUUAGUUGCAGCAGCAGAUUUCCCUCUAGAAUGGGAGGAGCUGCUGCCUAGUUUGCUGCAGCAGCUGCAGCUGCCUCAUCCGCAGCAACUGCUGCAGCAGCAGAUGCAGCCGAUACCUCCUGAGCAGCAGCAGCAGCUGCUGCAGCAGCUCUGCUGCUGCCUAACCACUGUGCAUGCACUGACGAAGAAGUAUAGACAAACACCAAGGGCUGAAGAAGUGCUGCUGCAGCUGCAGCAGAUUCUAAAUCAACUGCAGGAGCCGCUGCUGUCUGCAUACAUUUUCUCUGUGCAGCAGGUGCUGCUGCUGCAGCAGCAGCAACAGCAGCAGCAGGCCCCCAACACAGGAGCAGCAGCAGCAGCAGCAGCAGACCGAUUAGAUGCUGCACUUCUAGCAGCAACACUUUGUAUUAAAAUAUUUAUAUCUCUGUCUUCUGUUGAUCUACCCGAAUACUUAGAGGAUAAUUUAUCUGUCUUUGUUUCGGGCUUCUUGCAGCUGCUGCAGCUGCCUGUACACCUCAGCAGCAGCAACAGCAGCAAUGAGGCAGACGCAGCAGACGACGAUGAUGAUACAGAUCGUGGUUUGCUGCACUUAAAAGGAGUCAUCUGUGAUGCCUUGCGGCUGUACUUAUAUAAAUAUCAAGAAGAAAUACAGCCUUUCAUAGGCCUCAUCGUGCAUGCAGCGCCGCGGUUUGAUUUGCUGCUGGCUGCAGCAGCAGAAUGCAUCAGUGCAGCAGCAGCAACAAACUGGGAGGCUGCUCGUCUACCGCAGCAGUUUGCUGCUGCUGCAGCAGCGUUUGGAGUGCAGCAGCAGCAGCUGCAGCAGCAGCUGCAGCAGCUGCAGCAAAGCCCAGCAAACCCCUUUAAAGAUGAAAAUCUGCUAAGACAAAUUAUUACAGAAGUUGUUAUACCCAACAUCCCGCUCAGAGACAGAGAUCUCGAGUUGCUGCAGGAGUCCCCCUUAGAGUUUGUUCGCAGAGAUGUUGAGAGUAUUUCUUUGUGUUUACAUUUACCUCGGCGGAGUAGUGUAUUUGAUUUAAUAAAAGGGUUAAUGAGGCAGCAGCAGCAGCAGCAACAGCAGCAGCUGCAGCAGCUGCUGCUGCUGCUAGUGCAGCAGCUUGCUGCAGAUGCACAAGCAGCAGGUGGUGCAGACACAGACAGAGGAGCUAGGCUAAUAGAGUCUUCAGCCUUUGUUAUGAUGUCUCUUGCUUCGAGAUCUUCACCUCAAUCUGCUGCUGCUGCUGCUGCUGCUGCUACAACUUCAGCAGCAGCAGGCCCUGCAGCAGCAGCAGCAGCAGCACAGACGCCCUCUGCUGCUGAUCUCGUCAACUUCUAUAAUGCACACCUUGCAAAGGAGCUUGAAAAGCAGCAGCAGCUGCUGCUGCUGCAGCAGCAACAGCCGCAGCAGCAGCAGACCAAACGGUCGCCGCUUGCUGCAGCAGCAGCUCUCAAGUUCCUCGCACACUUUAAGAAGCAGCUGCCACCUGACUUGUUGGCGAGGAGUUUGUCUCCUGCUGCUGCUUUGCUGCUGUCUCCUGAUCUGUGUCUCCGCGCCUUUGCUGCUUUUUGCAUGCAUAAGGUUUUGCUGCUGCCUGCUGCAGCAAAUCCAUCAGCCGAUCCGCUGCAGAACCAAACGCUGCUUCUCAAUUGCUUGUCUUCUUUGCGCCGCUCUUUGCAAGAGUACGGAGACAGCGAAAAUGAAUUUAGUUUGAAGGCACUGACGCGUUUGCUGCUGCGGUUGGGGAGAGCAGCAGCACCAGAGCUGCAGCAGCUGCUGCUGCUGCUGCUGCAGCGGAUCAAAGCAGCAGCAGCACAACCCGGAAACCCUGUCUAUUCCCACUACUUAUUUGAAAGCCUCGCCGCUAUAUGCCGUAUUGCUUCGCAGCAGCCUGCUGCAGCAGCAGCAGCAGCAGACCAACAGCAGCAGCAGCAGCAGCAGCAGCAGCUAGUUGAGGGCCAAGUGAUUGUUGGUGUGCUGCUGGAGGGGGCGUCAAAGGCAGGAACGCUGGGCAGCAAUGAGGUGUAUGUUGAGCUGCUGCAACAUUUGCUGCAGCAGCAGCUAUGGGGUGCAUCUCAAGGCAACGUGCCUGCGCUUGUGAAGCUGGUUUCGAUCUUCCUGCAGCAGCUGCAGCAGCAGCAACAGCAGCAGCAGCAGCUGCAGCUGCAGCAGCUGCUGCACCAGCGUAUUGCUGCACUCUUCGAAAGGACUCAAUUCUGUCUGUAUCAUAAACGCCUGGCUUCCUGUGGCUUCGACUUACUCAAUGCAAUCAUCAGGUUUAUGGAUUUUGAGGUGUAUCGGCAGCUAUUUACUACUUUGCUGACGGUGCUGCUGAGGAGGGCGCAUCAACUGCAGCAGAAAAAUUUUAACUGUCUUCUGACCCACACUUUGCUGCUGUUCCAGUGUCGUACACCCGAUUUGCUGGCGUUACCAAGCGGAUUGGAGCAGCUGCAGCAGGGUUUGCUGCAGCAAGUGGUUGCUGCUAUAUUUAUAGCUUCUAUAAAAGAGACAUUAGCUUCAGGCUGUUCUUUGGGGAGGAGGAAGGUCUUCUUGCUGGGGAUGGCGCGUCUUGCUGCUGCUGCUGCUGCUGCUGCUGCUGGUGCUGCUGGAGCUCCUGCUGCAGUAGCAGACCCGCAGAUACUGCAGCAAAUAUUAGAGACGCUCGAGAUCCUCAUCAAGGGUCAUGACUUCAACUCUCAAACAACAACAAGGGCCGAGUUGAGGGCCGCCAGAUUCCUUGAUGCGGAUGAAGAGGGGGAUGGCGCUGAUCAGCGGGCUGACUUCGACGUUAGUUUCUCUCGGCUUGCGAUUGCAGAUAGCGCACCAAUCAAUGAUUAUCUAGAUGACGUUGUUGACCUUCGUGGGGCCCUUCGUUCUGCGCUGUCUCCUCUCCUUCCCAAGAUACAGCAAACUGCUGCAGCAACCGGCAACCAGAGCUCUGCUUUGCUGCAGCUGCUUGCCUAG